AUGUCCUAUCCCGGUGCUGGCUACCAGACGCCCCUCCCGGCUGGGUGGGAGCAGAGGUCGACUCCUGACGGCAAGAUUUACUACGCCAACACGGUGAGCAAGACGACAUCAUGGGAGCGGCCCACGGCUCCGGCGACGGGCGCGGCGAACCCGUACGCGCCUCCGGCGGGCGCGGCGAACCCGUACGCGCCUCCGGCGCCUGCGGCCAACCCGUACGGUGGGGCGCCUGCCGGAGGCAACCCGUACGGUGGGGCGCCUGCCGGAGGCAACCCAUACGGUGGGGCGCCUGCCGGAGGCAACCCAUACGGUGGGGCGCCUGCUGGGGGCAACCCAUACGGUGGGGCUGCACCUGCACCUGCGCCUGCGCCUGCGCCUGCGCCGGGCGGACUCCCUGCUGGGUGGGAGGAGCGUCGGACGGCGGAUGGCAAGGUGUACUACGCCAACUCGAUCACCAAGUCCACACAGUGGACGCGCCCGACAGGACCGCCUGCAGCGGCGCCUGCAGCGGCGGCUCCGGCUAACCCGUACGCCCCCCCUGCGGCCGUGCCCGCGGCCGCGCCUGUGGCGGUGGCGACGCCGGCCGGGCCGGGUGCGCUUCCGGCCGGAUGGGAGGAGCGGCGGACGGCUGAUGGCAAGGUGUAUUACGCCAACUCGAUCACCAAGUCGACGCAGUGGGAGCGGCCUGUGGGCGCGCCGGCGGGCGGCAGCCACGUGCCGAUGCCGUCGCCGUCGCCGUCGCCUGCGGCGGUGCCUGUGGCGGUGGCGACACCGGCCGGGCCGGGUGCGCUUCCGGCCGGGUGGGAGGAGCGGCGGACGGCUGAUGGCAAGGUGUAUUACGCCAACUCGAUCACCAAGUCGACGCAGUGGGAGCGGCCGACAGGCAUGCCGGCGGCUUCGCCGGUCCCAGCAGGCGGGAUGCAGGGCGGUGCGCGGCCGAUGCCGCCGUUUGUGGAGCCGCCGCGCGAGUCGUGCUGUGCGCCGCUCAACUCGUCGGUAGACUGGCUCAAGGGUGCGCACACCGGGUUCAGCUGCAACGGGUGCGGAGUCUCGCCGAUUCUCGGCUACCGCUACCGGUGCCGUCAGUGCCCGGGCGGGUACGACCUGUGCCAUUCGUGCAAGGAGGCUAACUUUGACCACCACAACCCGGGUCACCAGUGGCGGACCGAGAAGCUCAAGGGCGUGUCGAGCAAGUGGAAGGGCAUCCACUCGGCCAACUGCGACGAGUGCGGGCACGCGCUCAAGCCGUCGGCCAUGCGCUUCAAAUGCGCCGACUGCCCCGACUUUGACCUCUGCCACGAGUGCCUGCACCGGACCUCUCAUCCGCCGACGCACGACUUUUACCGAGUCACGGUCAAGAACAACUACCGCGAGAAGAUCAUCCGUCCUGCUGUGGCUCAGGCGCCUGCAGUGGCGGCGCCCGUGGCGGCCCCGAGCGGCGGCCGCCAGCUGCUGCGACCGUGGGAGGAGCGCCGGGACGCCACUGGCCGGGUCUACUACGCCAAUCCACAGACCAAGCUGACGUCGUGGGACCACCCGGGUUUCGAGCCCGAGGUUGCGCCUGCGCCGGCACCUGCGUCGGCACCUGGCACCGGCGGCCUGCCACCAUAUCCCGGCGCUGGCGGACCGCCGUCGUCAUCGGCACUCGGCUAUGGCCCGCCGCCGUCUGGCGGGCUCCCGGCGUAUGGCGGACCGCCUGCGGGCGGGGCGCCGCCGUCUGGCGGGCUUCCGGCGUAUGGUGGACCGCCCGCGGGCGGAGCGCCGCCGUCUGGCGGGCUUCCGGCGUAUGGUGGACCGCCGGCAGCCGGCGGGCUCCCCGCAUACGGCGGGGCGCCUGCGGCUAGCGGGCCGGCGGCGAUGUCGUCGGGCGACUUUGAGUCGCUGCUGUCGUCGAUUGCGUCCGAGUCGUUCUCAGACGGCAAGCUCGCCAAGCUCGACAUGAUGCUUACGCACGCGUGGUUCUCGUGCGCCCAGGCUGGGCGUGUUGUCGACGCCAUGUCGUUCGACUCGGACAAGAUCGAGGCGGCUGUCAAGAUCCACCCGCGGCUGGUGGACCCGACCCACUUUUACCAGGUCCUCGACCAUCUGCAGUUUUCGUCGUCCAAGGACGAGGCCCGGUCGCGGCUGGGCCUGUGAGCUCUGUCGAGCGUGUUGAAGGCAAACAGCAUGAGGUUGUGGUGGAGUUUAUCGCGUGAGGCGUCUGCCUGCUCGCGUCGUGAAUGUUCGCACGGCCAAGAUGGGCAAGUGGAUGAGCAAGGGGAGGACAGCUCGCCACACACGUGCGGGCAUGAAAGGCGCAGCGAGGCCUACUAGAGCUCAGAUGCCUUGUAAAGGCCACAACGCCAGAGCAA